GGAAUUGCUGGGAAGCCGCAAGAGCGAGGAUAAUCUCAAAAAGGGACUGGGCAGGGGAAGAAGACAUGGGGAAGGGCAGGGCAAGAGGGUGGGAAAACCGGGGUAAUUCUUGGGGCGCUCGGGAGUAUGAGGAGGCUAGGUUGCCCUGUCCGCUUGCUGCCCUCGCUGCAGGCUGCUGGGGCUGCGCGAGUCCGGGGGUGUGCAUCGCUGGCUCACCCCUCCCGGAUUGAACCUCCCAUUCGCGAACCAUUUCUUGGGUUCGCGGGCAUUGGAAUUGAGUCGCACAGCUGCACCGUCUGGGAUAGGUCGCAUUGCCCCUUCUUCCAGGGCAAUCAAGCCAUGUUGGCGGUAAGGCUGCAUCCCAUGGGCAAAGCAAACCGCACCUGGCUGGAGUUAGGUGGAGUGGUGGACUUCGCAGAUGGAUGUCGGCCGGGCACCUAACCCUCGCUCGACUGUGGGAAUGGACGAAACGAAUGCCAUCCGGAAGCCCAAACAGCUGUAUUUCUAAAUUACCUACUCGAUUAAUUCUUCUUCAACUCAACUUCCUUCUCUUUGGUUUCUUUUGCUCAAUUCAUUCUCUCUAUUUCCUCUUGUUCGAUUCCUUGUUUUCCUCUCGAGUCCGGCA